AAUGGAUGAUAAAAAUGUCUCAGCUAGCAGGCAGGUGAUUACAUCAUUAGCUGCUGGCGCAUUUGCAGGUGCUGUUGCUAAGACUACAAUAGCACCUCUAGACAGAUGUAAAAUUAACUUUCAGGUUCGACAAUGGCGUUACACAUUCACUGGAGCUUUCAAAUUUUUAGUUCAGACUUAUAAAAAGGAGGGCUUUACUAGUUUAUGGCGAGGAAAUACUGCAACUUUGGCUAGAAUUAUCCCUUCUGCAGCAAUACAAUAUGCUUCUCACGAGCAAUGGAGGAACCUGCUUGUACUUUUCACUGGCUCAAAUUCAAUUCGAGAGCUACCUUCCCACUGGAGAUUUGUCGCUGGAUCACUAGCUGGAGUAACAGCUUCCACAUGUACUUAUCCAUUAGAUCUGGCUAGAGCAAGAAUGGCUGUCACACCUAAAGACCGCUAUGCCAAUAUUUUUCAAGUUUUUAUGAAUAUCCUUAGAGAAGAAGGCGUGUCGAGUCUUUAUAGAGGCUAUAGUGCCUCCGUAUUAGGUGUCAUACCUUAUGCAGGGGUUUCAUUUGGUACAUAUGAGUCUUUGAAAUGGUUUCAUCAGGAUCCGUUAACUCCCUUACAUCGAUUGGGUUUUGGAGCACUUGCGGGGCUUUUGGGUCAAACUUCAUCAUAUCCCUUAGAUAUUGCCAGAAGGCGAAUGCAGACUUCUGAGGCUCUGGGUGGAAAUCAGCAUUAUAAAACAAUUUUGACAACAUUUGUUUACGUCUAUCGAACUGAAGGUUUAAGAAGAGGACUUUACAAGGGUCUUAGUAUGAAUUGGAUAAAAGGUCCAAUAGGGGUUGGCAUUAGUUUCACAAUCUUCGAUACCGUUCAGUAUAUUUUGAGAUGGGCAUGGCCAUUGGAAUAA